UCAAGAACUGAAUGCCAGACCUGAAUUCGAAAUUCGAAUGCUGAAACGCUCGCGCCAAGACUCCCCACAGCGGCAUGUGGAGUCGCCUGGCCCAAGCUCCUUUUGCAAGAUCCUUGUCCCGUCCGUUUGAGAGCCGCUGAAUGGAGCCAUUUCAACCUCACUUCAUUCGUUUGCUGCGAAACAACAGGGAAGUCAUAAAAACAUCGAAUACAUCGCGAUUGCACACACAAAACCCACAAUCCAAAGCUAAACCAUCAUCCAAAAUGUUCCGAUUUCACAAACCCAUCGACAUCAUCACGCUCUUCCACAAGGCGACCUCGCCCGCCUCGGUACGAGUCGCGGCCGCCCUGCGCCAGGCAUCGGCCGCCGCCUCGGAGACCUCGACCGAGGACCAGGCCAGCGACCACACGGCGCAGAGCAACGCCGUGCGCCGGCCCGAGUUCAAGCUCGACAUCACCGAGGCCCCGCCCACCGCCGACCAGCUGCGCACCAUCCUGGACUAUGUCGGCAAGGCGCGUGUCGGCACGAUCGUGAAGGGCGCGGAGGACCAGGAGGAGGCGCUGCGCAGGUUUGGGGAGAAUGUCGAGAGCUUGCAGAGGCCGGUGGCGGUGGAUUGGAAUAAUGGCAAGGUGGCGGCGGGAGAAAAUGAGUCGGAGAUUCUGAAGAUGCUGAACGACUUGCCCAAAUGAGGUAGCUAUGCAUCGGAGACUUGCAUGACUGUCUCAAUCCGCUUUGUGGGUGUUUUGUUUUUGUUGGUCUAGUUUGCUUUGGGACCUUGGUGCGCGGGGAAAAUGCCCAUUACUCCCUUUGCUUUGGCUGCGUCUCUACUCAUUGUACCACUAGUGGCACCUACUGCGCUGAUUCUAAAAGAUUCCACCACAUUUUGGAGGGGCGUGCUUUCUGAUUUGGUGAAGACGAGGACAGUGGUGGUGAGUGACGGCAAGUGACUGAGCUGCUUCCCGCGACGCGCUCUGCUAGAGAAACAGGUGGUGGCGGCGGCUGAACAUUCGAGGUGUCCAAUUCUAUCCGUAAUGGUAACCGCCAUGUUCCUCGCCUACUCGAAGGAUGACUUAUCUUGGAACAGAUCGUCGGCGGUAGGGAAAUCG